CGAUGCUAUCUUGUCACAGAUGGAGACUCUUCUCAGCGGUUUUCAGGUGGCGGAGUCGAAACUAGCAAAAUUUGUUGAAGACAUUAUAAUCCCUCCAAGGAUGGUAGAUAUAAUUGUUGACGGAGAGGUCAACGAGGAGUAUAUGAGAACACUUGAGAUCUUAAGUAAGAAGCUGAAAUUUGUUGAAGUGGAUUUUAUGGUUAAAACUUUAAAAGCCCUUAAAGAUGUUUAGCCGGAGCUUGAAAAACUGAGGCAGAAAGCAGUUUCAAAGGUUUUUGACUUCAUUGUCCAGAAGCUUUAUGCAUUGAGAAAACCCAAAACAAACAUUCAGAUCCUUCAGCAGAAUGUUCUUCUUAAAUACAAGUAUGUUAUUUCUUUUCUUAAAGAACAUGGCAAGGAGGUUUAUAAUGAGGUUCGUGCUGCUUAUAUUGACACAAUGAACAAGGUUUUAAGUGCACAUUUCCGUGCUUAUAUACAAGCGUUGGAGAAACUCCAGUUAGAUAUAGCAACAUAUAGUGAUUUGAUUGGUGUAGAGACUAGAAGCACUAGUCUUUUUUCAAGAGGAAGAGAACCACUGAAGAAUCGUUCUGCUGUUUUUGCUCUGGGGGAUAGGAUCAACAUUUUAAAGGAAAUUGAUCAACCUGCCCUGAUUCCACAUAUAUCUGAAGCCAGCUCCUUAAAGUAUCCUUAUGAGGUCCUUUUCCGGAGCUUACACAAGCUGCUUAUGGAUACUGCAACUUCUGAGUAUCUUUUCUGUGAUGAUUUCUUUGGGGAAGAAUCUAUAUUUUAUGAAAUUUUCGCAGGUCCAUUUGCAGUCAUUGAUGAGCACUUCAACUCAAUACUGCCAAAUUGUUAUGAUGCUAUUGGGUUAAUGCUUAUGAUUCGCAUAAUACACCAGCACCAGCUCAUCAUGUCUCGGCGGCGGAUCCCAUGCUUGGAUUCAUAUUUAGACAAGGUCAAUAUUUCCCUGUGGCCUCGUUUUAAGAUGGUUUUUGACUUGCAUCUUGGUAGUUUGCGUAAUGCAAAUGUGAGGACACUGUGGGAAGAUGAUAUUCAUCCUCAUUAUGUAAUGAGGCGUUACGCUGAAUUUACAGCUUCUCUUAUUCACCUCAAUGUUGAAUAUGGAGAUGGCCAGCUUGAAUUGAAUAUGGAACGGUUGAGAAUGGCUGUAGAUGAAUUGCUUAUGAAGCUUGCAAAAAUGUUUCCAAGACCAAAAUUACAGAUUGUGUUUCUGAUAAAUAACUACGACAUGACAAUUGCUGUACUAAAGGAAGCUAGCCCUGAAGGUGGGAAAAUUCAAAUGCACUUCGAGGAAUUGUUGAAGAGCAACACAGCAUUAUUUGUGGAAGAACUGCUGCUGGAGCAUUUUAGUGAUUUAAUCAAGUUUGUGAAGACUCGAGCCUCGGAGGACCCAAGUUCUAGUUCAGACAAACCCAUAUCCAUUGCUGAAGUCGAGCCACUUGUUAAGGACUUUGCGAGCAGAUGGAAAGCUGCAAUCGAGCUGAUGCACAAAGACGUCAUCACUUCUUUCAGCAACUUCCUGUGCGGUAUGGAGAUCUUGAGGGCUGCAUUGACACAGCUGCUGCUUUAUUACACCAGACUCUCUGACUGCAUAAAGAGGAUUAACGGUGGGUCUGCACUGAACAAGGAUCUUGUCUCCAUAUCUUCAAUCAUGUAUGAAAUCAGGAAAUACUCGAGGACGUUCUAAUAUCACCAUCAUCAUACAGAACCAAAGCAUCACCCAGAGAAUAACCCCAUUUUAGAUCAAUGAGAGAGUUCAUUUGAAAGCGUCACUGCUAUCUGUUGCAGCUAGUCUAUGAACUGUUAGAGAGUCCUGAUCGAGCGAAAUGAUACAGAAAUUAUGUAUAUGUUAGAAAAUGCAGAAAUGAUUUUUGAAGGUAUUCAAAAAAUUGAUGGGAAAAUUACAAACAGUUUUGGGUAAUCUAUUGCAAUAUACAGGAGUGGAGAUGGGAGACUUUUAAAUUUGCAAUGGUGGGGAAAUGAGUUGAUCUUUCCCUAUAUGUGUUAUUUUUAAUAUUUGUUAUUGAGUUUCAAUUUAAUGUAGCUACAGAAACAACAUAGAAUUGCAUUUUUUUUUUUUUAAUAAAUACAUAUCAAAUUUCGAUUUAA